GUCAACACCAACAAAACAGCUGGAGCUACUCGUACUGAGUACUCAUACGUUCUUGCGACAGGCGUCAUAUUCCCCCUUUCUCACCGCAACCAGACUCUCGCUUGCGGGACUCGGGUACUGUACUGCCCCCUCAUCCUCAUCAUCAUGAUCAUGGCCCUCUCCAUCUGAACCGCGCCCCGCCACCUUGAAGAGAGAAACCCCGCGGCGGCAUGGCUUCCCUCUGGCCUGGCAGAGCGCUCGCAAUCGCAUCAGAAGAUCCUCCUCCACCACUACCAGCUACAUCCAUACCAAUGGCGGCGGCACAAGACAACGCCGAUGUGGCAGAUACUGGACUGGCAGAUGUUGGUCUUCCUGCUCCUCCAGAAUCCGAGCCUCCAAAUGCGCUCACGAGCGUUCCUGUUCCUGUUCCUAUCCUUAUGGGGACCUCGAGGCCACAACUCCAACGAAACCAACCCCAGCCCCCACCUCCUCAUCAACCUCCCCCACCACCAUCUCCUGCCCAUCAGCAGCUGCCCAACACAAACGACUCCCUCUCUCUAAUACAAUUACGUCGGCUGGUCCAUGAGUUUCCCAGAUCCGAGCCCGUUUCGUAUGCUUUUGAAUAUACCGACACGGCGACUUUCGAGGAGGAGGUCGAUGAAUGGUUCUCAUACAAUGAUGCUGAGUACAAGCGCCUUCACCGAGUCAAAGACACCUUCGGCCGACGAUGGAAGAAGUUUUCGGGGAAACCUUGGUUGGAUGCCGAUCAGACGGAAAGACAAAAUUUUGCUGAACAGGAGGUUAAUGGUCUCCUCGCUACGGAUUUACGGCGACGCUGCAAGGCAUUGCAAUCGAUUCUCCAUAUAGUUCUAGGAGUUUGGGAUGAGACAGCUGGCAUUCAACUGGCGGGAAAGGAAGAAGACGCCCCCAGAACAAAAACAAAGGCCACUCAAAUUCAAUUAGAGCACAUGAAGUCCGGUAUUUUGCUUGUGGCACGCGCUGGUGGAGUCCCCUUACUUUACGAGGUCAUGCAGAAUGCGUUCAAGAGGCUGUGGUAAUGGUCAAAUACUGCCAGACUCCUGUUCCUUGCUGAUGUUUGCAGGGAUGACGAGUAUCGAGAAACGAAAUUGUCAGAAGAGGAUAUCCCAUAUGUUCAAGAUGAACUGGACAAUGUCACAACUAUCGAGUAUCUACUAAUUGAGGGUAUCCGUAAUGACCCAGUCACUUUGGAUUCACCUCGCAUCAAGCUCUGUGUGUAUACUUACCCUAAUGAAAAUGCGCGGCUAAUAUCAGUAGUGGAACUCAAUCCAGGGCUUCUAGAAUAUCUGAUUAACGUAACUGCAAGGCUUCGAUGGGACGAAGCAAAUGAACUGCCCCAAACAAGAGUAAGUUGAGCUUGCGCAGCCCAUUUCCCACUACCUAACCGUUAUCAGAUUUUUCUUCUCUUCUGGAAAGCAAUUCUACUUGUAUUUGGGGGAACCACCCAAGUAGAUGAAAUCAAAAAAUUUGUGGAUGAGCUGAGAAAUCAGAACGGUCCUCCCGAGAAGAUUAUCACUGCUUCGCCCCUCGAUUAUCAUAUCUUCCGCCAAGAGAUAACUUCUAAAUAUCCAGCUUAUACACCACCUCAACCUUUAUUACCCUUGGAGCCCGACAACAAUUCAAUACUCCCCCCACUUCCAAACCGGCCAAGCCGCGCCAAUGGGGCAAACGGCAUUAUAGCACCCGCUAUGAACGUGAAUAGUAGUGGUGCAUCUAUUCUACAUCAGCCUGUGCAUAUUGCCACUCCUGCUCCUUCACCACCGCCCUCUCCCCCGGUUGGUGGUAAAGCUGGGAAGAAACAAAAUUAUCAGACGAAUCAAAAUUUUCCUUUCAUGUAUCCUCCAUUGGAUAGCACAAGUAAUAGUGCUGGAGGAAAAGGCUCCGCUGGUCUGCAAGGACUUCUUGUUGGCCGAAGAUGGGAGGGGAGUGAUAUACCGAAAUCGAUUCUGGAGGCUGGUGAUUUGUUCGCGAACCGUAUGCGUAUGACUAGGGCAAUGCGACAACUAUGGGACGAGAGGGAACGCUUUUUGAAAUUUGAACGAGGAUGGGAUGGCUCGAAUGACGACAUCGAAGAGCUAGACCUGGAAAAUAUUCUGGCCCAUAAGCUGUCGCUGCAUAAGAGUAGCCAUACAAAGCCAGAAGUCGAUUAUGGUCCCAAUCCAAACAUCGAUGGUAAGGUGAAACACAAACUUGAUAUGGUCGAGGGCUUCUAUGUAAGUUUCAUCCUGAUCCUGUUUGUAAUUUAUGCUUACAUAUUCAGCGGGAAUCGAUACCUCACCUUCAGUCCCUAGUUAUCGUGUUAUUAAAGGCAGUAUUAUCGAACGUAACCGCUUUACUCACACAGCCUGGCAACCAGCCACCUGGUGGGCUAGCACCAGGAUUUAGGUCGGAAACAAACCUUCGCAAUAGCGUGCCACAAAAUAGACCUGACCCUGCUAAUAUCCCUCUUCCUAAUACGGUCGAGCCGUCAGAUCUUUCCAUCGACGAAGUUGAGGCAAUUCGAUCUCGGGAGAUCACAGCAAAGGCUGUCUCGGGGAUUCUACUUGUUAUCUUGAAGUGGUUCAAAGUCUCACGUAAGUUCUUCUCGAUGUGUCGCAGACUCUGGGCUGACAAAAAAAAGAUAUCCUCAAGUUUGAGUACUUUACCCAGUUACUUCUCGACUCAAACUAUCUUCCACUGGUUUUGAAAUUGUUUGCGCAUCAAGAGAUUGACAAAGUGGUAGAAAGCAGAACAGAUCGUGAUGAAAUGAGGUAUUUUCUUCAUAUAUCUCCUCCAUGCUACCCAUACCUACUUACGCAUUGAUAGUUUCUUCGCUUUCUGUAACAGCAACAGUAGAAAUGCCCCAAUAGGUCCCAAUCAAGAUGACAGCGAGGAUGACGCUGUACCACCACCAAUCAAAAUUAAGCGAGAUGUGGCGAGUGGUUCUGAAGAUAAGUUACCAGCCCUCGCCUUUCAAGAUGGCCAAUUGGCAGGCAAACGCCAGUUGUCCGAAGUGGACGAAAUGGGUUACCCGGCCAGCGAGCCCGCGUCCGACCAACCCAUAACCGAGUUCUCUUGGCGGAAUUUCUUCUCGUCCAUCAACCUCCUUCGUGUCAUGCAAAAAAUAUGCAAAAACAAAGCACAUCGUAAUCUUCUACUGGUGCAGUACAAAUCAUCUAAUAUUCUUAAGAAAUCACUCAAAAUCCCUCAGCCGGAACUACGUCUCUACACCUUGAAACUAUUCAAAAGCCAGGUUCCUUACUGCGGGCGAAAAUGGAGACAGGGUAACAUGCGUGUCAUCACUUCGGUAUACCUCCACUGUAGACCGGAACUACGUGAUGACUGGUUGGCGGGCAGUGACGUGGAUGCGGAGGUGGAGGAGGCGCUGCCAUUGGAGCAGGCGUUGCGCGCGUUGACGCAUUGGCAUAAUAUUAAGAGAUACCCAGAUCAAAUGGGGGCGGACACCAAGUUGUUGGAAGAGGAACAUGACUUUUUUGUCAGAGAGUUGGACAAGAUGGCUUGGAUUGACGACGGGAUAGAGGAGGGGGACGGAGGUUGGGAUGGAAUGAGUAAUGGUUGGUGAUGUGAUUUGGAACGAAUAAACGUCAUGCUUUUUCUAUCUACUCUGUCUCUGGGUUCUUGUGAUUGGAUUGGAUGACGGUCUCCUUGGU